CAGAGAUCCCCUGCCUCUGCCUCCCGAGUGCUAGGAUUAAAGGCGUGCACCACCACCGCCCAGCUAACUCUGUUCAUUCUUAACAGCUAAAAGUAAUAAAUACUAGCAGUCAAGUGAGAUGUGUUAGGUUUUGAUUUUGGCUUCUCUAACAGAUUUCCAACCCAGGGUAUCCCAUGAGCUCCUACACCAUAAACCUGCAAGCUAUGGAUUACAUACAAAUGAUUUUGUUUCUUGUUUUUGUACAGCCAGAAAACAAAUGGUAGGAGAAGCCAGGCAUGGUGGCCCACACUUGUAACCUCAGCACUGGGGAGGCAGGUGCCCAUAAUAAUGCAAUUGUGUAGAAACACAGUUCUGCUUGUUUUUUUAACCUGCUUCUGCUUCCUGUUGUCUGGAGCACCGAUAAGGCAAAUAGCCUAUGCCUGCUGUUUAUGUAAAUCGUUUUUCUAGAUGGUGCGCACCCAUUAAUGUACUGUCCCUUCAGGCUUUAAUGAAGCUCUACUUAGUUUGGACAGCGCACGAAUAGCCCUCAAAUAUAUUUAUUUCUAAGUACCACACUUGCACUGUGUCCUCUCUGACACCUCACAGUGUGGAUGAGAUACACAAGUCCGGCCUCACAGCUGGGGUUUGCCUUGUGUGUGUCUGAGUGGCUUGCCUGCCUGCUUGUUUACCACCAGUGUACCUUGUGCCCAGAGAGGCCAGCGAAAGGGAGGGGUCAGGUCCCCUGGGUUUGGUUACAUAGUUGCUAGCCGCCAUGUAGAUGCUAGAAAUUGAACCCAAGUCCUCUGGAAGAGCAGCAUGGGCCAUCUCCGGGCAGCAUAGAGUGACUUUCUCAAGAACACCAAAAGAAUGGCUAAAGAGAUGGCUCAGCAGUGACCAGACUUGCAACGAUUCCAGGGGACUGGAGUUUAAUUACCAGCAUCCACACCCACCAAAGUACCAGUACCAGAGGAUCCAAGAACCUCUUCUGGCCUCCAUGGACACUAGGCACACCUGUGGUACAUAGACAUGCAUGCAGACAAAACACUGGUACACAGAAAAGUUAACAAAAUAAAACACUACCAAAAAAGAAAAAUGGUGUCUUCUAAAAUGCAUGCGUUUUAAGAUGUCAACUAUGGUUUUCUUUCUGCAGGUUUCAUUUUGCUUCUGAAUCCCUGCUUUGCAGACAGCAAUGGCAGCCCGAGUUCUUGUGAUUGGCAGUGGAGGGAGGGAACAUACCUUGGCCUGGAAACUAGCACAGUCUCAUCAUGUCAAACAAGUGUUGGUUGCCCCAGGAAAUGCAGGCACUGCCUGUUGCGGAAAGAUCUCAAAUGCUGCUGUCUUCGUCUCUGAUCACGCUGUCCUGGCUCAGUUCUGCAAAGAUGAAAAGAUUGAGCUCGUGGUUGUUGGACCAGAGGCCCCUCUAGCUGCAGGAGUUGUUGAGGACCUGACCCGUGCCGGCGUACGAUGCUUUGGCCCCACAGCACAAGCAGCCCAGUUAGAAUCCAGUAAAAAGUUUGCCAAAGAGUUUAUGGAUCGACAUGGAAUCCCAACUGCGCAGUGGAGAGCCUUCACCAGUCCUGAAGAUGCCUGCAGCUUUAUUAUGAGCGCAGACUUCCCUGCUUUGGUUGUGAAGGCCAGUGGCCUUGCAGCUGGGAAAGGAGUGAUUGUUGCAGAGAGCAAGGAGGAGGCCUGCAGAGCUGUACAGGAGAUCAUGCGAGAAAAGUCUUUUGGAGCGGCUGGAGAAACAGUUGUUGUGGAAGAAUUUCUGGAAGGGGAAGAAGUGUCUUGUCUAUGUUUCACUGAUGGGAAGACAGUGGCCCCAAUGCCCCCAGCACAGGACCAUAAGCGAUUGCUGGAUGGAGAUCAGGGCCCCAACACAGGGGGAAUGGGAGCCUAUUGCCCAACACCCCAGGUUCCUAAAGAUUUGUUACUAAAGAUUAAAACCACUAUUCUUCAGAGAACAGUCGAUGGCAUGCGGCAGGAGGGUGUGCCCUACACAGGAAUUCUCUACGCUGGUAUAAUGCUGACCAAAGAUGGCCCAAAAGUUUUGGAGUUUAAUUGCCGUUUUGGUGACCCAGAAUGCCAAGUAAUCCUCCCACUUCUUAAAAGUGACCUUUAUGAAGUGAUCCAGUCCACCUUGGAUGGCAUGCUGAAUACGUGUCUGCCUGUUUGGCUAGAAAACCACACUGCCAUAACUGUUGUCAUGGCAAGUAAAGGGUACCCCGGAGCCUACGCCAAGGGUGUGGAGAUAACAGGGUUUCCAGAGGCCCAGGCUUUAGGACUGCAGGUAUUCCAUGCAGGCACUGCUCUUAAAGAAGGCAGAGUGGUGACCAGUGGGGGCAGAGUCCUCACAGUGACAGCUGUCCGGGAAAAUCUUGUGUCAGCCCUUGAAGAAGCCAAGAAAGGACUUGCUGCUAUAAAGUUUGAGGGAGCAGUUUACAGGAAGGACAUUGGCUUCCGUGCUGUGGCCUUCCUCCAGCGGCCCAGGGGCCUGACUUACAAGGAUUCUGGAGUUGACAUUGCAGCUGGAAAUAUGCUGGUUAAGAAAAUUCAGCCUUUAGCAAAAGCCACCUCCAGACCAGGCUGCAAUGUUGACCUUGGAGGCUUUGCUGGUCUUUUUGAUUUGAAAGCAGCUGGUUUUAAAGAUCCUCUUCUGGCCUCUGGAACAGAUGGUGUUGGGACUAAACUGAAGAUUGCCCAACUGUGCAGCAAGCAUGACACCAUUGGUCAGGAUCUGGUCGCCAUGUGUGUAAAUGACAUCCUAGCACAAGGAGCAGAGCCCCUCUUCUUCCUUGAUUACUUUUCCUGUGGGAAACUUGACCUCAGGACCACUGAAGCUGUUGUUGCUGGAAUUGCUGGCGCUUGUGGACAAGCUGGCUGUGCUCUCCUGGGUGGGGAGACUGCAGAGAUGCCCGACAUGUACCCUCCUGGCGAGUACGACCUGGCCGGCUUUGCUGUGGGUGCAAUGGAGAGGGAUCAGAAACUCCCUCAGCUCGAAAGGAUCACCGAAGGGGAUGUCGUUGUUGGAGUAGCUUCAUCUGGUCUUCACAGCAAUGGGUUUAGCCUUGUGAGGAAGAUCGUAGCGAGGUCUUCCCUCCAGUACUCCUCUCCAGCGCCUGAUGGAUGUGGUGACCAGACACUGGGGGACUUACUUCUAACUCCAACCAAGAUCUACAGCCAUUCACUGUUGCCUAUCAUACGCUCGGGACGUGUCAAAGCCUUGGCUCACAUCACUGGGGGUGGACUGCUGGAAAACAUCCCCAGAGUCCUCCCUCAGAAGCUUGGGGUAGAUUUAGAUGCCUGCACUUGGAGGAUCCCCAAAAUCUUCUCAUGGUUGCAGCGGGAAGGACAGCUCUCUGAAGAAGAAAUGGCGAGAACCUUCAACUGUGGGAUUGGGGCUGCCCUGGUGGUGUCUAAGGACCAGACAGACCAAAUUCUGCAUGACAUUGGGCAGCGCCGGGAGGAAGCCUGGGUGAUAGGCAAUGUCGUGGCCUGUCCUGAAGGUUCUCCUCGUGUCAGAGUCAAGAAUCUGACUGAAGCCUUGCAAAUGAAUGGGGCAGUGGUGUCAAAUGGUUUCCUGAGUCAUCUCCCUGCCCAGCAGAAGUCAAGAGUGGCUGUCUUAAUAUCUGGAACAGGAUCGAACCUCCAAGCACUCAUAGACAGCACUCGGGAUCCAAAGAGCUCCACACACAUUGUGGUUGUCAUCUCCAACAAAGCUGGGGUCACGGGCCUAGACAAAGCAGAAAAGGCUGGCAUUCCCACCAGAGUAAUUAAUCAUAAAUUAUAUAAAAAUCGUGUUGAAUUUGACAAUGCUGUUGACCACGUCCUAGAAGAGUUCUCUGUAGACAUAGUCUGUCUUGCAGGAUUCAUGAGAAUUCUCUCUGGCCCUUUUGUCAAAAAAUGGGAUGGGAAAAUGCUCAACGUCCACCCAUCCUUGCUCCCGUCCUUUAAGGGCUCAAACGCUCAUGAGCAAGUCCUGGAAGCCGGAGUCAGGAUUACCGGCUGUACCGUACACUUUGUAGCUGAAGAUGUAGAUGCCGGACAAAUCAUCCUACAAGAAGCUGUCCCUGUGAAAAGGGGUGACACUGUUGCAACUUUGUCUGAAAGAGUCAAAGUAGCAGAACAUAAAAUCUUUCCGGAAGCCCUGCAGCUGGUGGCCAGUGGGGCCGUGCGGCUUGGAGAAGACGGCAAGAUCUGCUGGAUCACAGGACAGUAAAGCCGCCCAACUCAGGAAGAACGGCUGUCUCCUCCGUGCCUUUCUGUCCUUUUCGCCAUGGUCUUGUCCCAAACUAAAAUAGGUGUAACAAAAAGACUUCAUCCCUUACCUGAUGCCAUUUUUUUAAUAAAGAGAUUCAUUAAAGACAAAA